UAUACUUCAAGAAAUAUACCUCGAUGGAUCAGCUGUUAAUAUUAGUGCACCUUGGUUUUAACGACUCGCAUGAAUGCAUUUAUUUAACAGAUGUCGUUUUUGAAUUUAUAAAUAUUUCGAAAUCUCCGUUGUCAAGGAAGUGGGGGAUGCAACUCUCGCGAUAAUUUGCUUUUCAAGCUAUUUAUGACCCAGAUUAAAUGGCUACCAAAAUGCUGCAUUUAUACUUGGGGAUAAAUUGCUGAUUAAUGAUAAAUAAGGCUGUUGCCUACUGUAUUAACGUGCCAUUUUAGAGCAAAUGACACGCACGCUUUGCUGAGUCUCUCACAGUAUACUCGGCAACGAGAAAACGAUGUCCGUUUUAACCAGGAAAACAAGUUAACGUUAGCAUUCAAGUCACAGACGAGACUCGGGGGAUAGCAUAGGACUGUAGUUAGCAACGGUAGCAGGUACCGUAGCAACAGCGGACGCUUUUUUCAUUCAACGUUAUAGCUACCGGAGAAUGCCAACAGCGGCCCUACACAGUUUACCGUGAUCAACAGAACGAACAUCCACCAUGAGACUGAAAACGUCCCUGCUAAAAGAACCCAAACAUAAAGAACUUGUGAGCUGUGUUGGCUGGACUACAGCAGAUGAGCUGUACUCGUGCAGUGAGGAUCAUCAGAUCCUGAAGUGGAACCUGCUGACCAGUGAGACCAGUCUGAUUGUCAAAUUGCCAGAGGAAAUUUACCCUGUUGACCUACACUGGUUUCCCAAAACUCUUGGUGGCAAGAAACAAGCCCAGGCUGAAAUCUUUGUCCUCACCAGCACUGAUGGAAAGUUCCACCUGAUCUCGAAGAUGGGGCGCAUUGAGAAGAGUGUUGAUGCGCACAAAGGUGCUGUUUUGGCUGGAAGAUGGAACUAUGAUGGGACUGCUCUUAUCACGGCUGGUGAAGAUGGACAGAUUAAGAUCUGGUCAAAAAGUGGGAUGCUACGCUCAACACUAGCCAGCCAAGGAUCUCCUGUGUAUUCUGUGGCCUGGGGUCCAGACUCGGACAGAAUCCUCUACACAUCAGGAAGACAGCUAAUCAUCAAGCCUUUGCAGCCCAGUGCCAAAGUCAUACAGUGGAAGGCUCAUGAUGGGGUUGUUCUGAAGGUGGACUGGAAUUCAGUCAAUGACCUUAUCCUGUCAGGUGGAGAAGAUUGUAAAUAUAAGGUAUGGGACAGUUUUGGACGUCUGCUUCACUCCUCGCUGUCUCGUGACUACCCAAUCACAUCUUUGUCCUGGGCUCCAGAUGGAGAGGUGUUUGCUGUGGGUUCUUUCAACACCCUGCGGCUCUGUGAUAAGACUGGUUGGUCCUAUGCAUUGGAAAAGCCCAACACAGGCAGUGUGUUCAGCUUGGCCUGGUCUGCAGACGGCACCCAGCUGGCUGGGGCCUGCGGCAACGGACAUGUCAUCUUUGCCCAUGUGGUGGAGCAGCAUUGGGAGUGGAAGAACUUUAUGAUCACCCUUACAAAGAGGAGGACCAUGCAGGUGAGGAAUGUGCUGAACGAUGCAGUGGACAUUUUAGAGUUUAGAGAUCGAGUCAUCAAAGCAUCUCUGGCAUACGGUCACUUGGUGGUUGCCACUUCCCUCCAGUGCUAUGUCUACAACUCAAGAAACUGGAAUACUCCUCUCAUCUUUGACCUAAAGGAGGGAACAGUCAGCCUCAUCCUACAAGCAGAGAAAUAUUUUCUACUAGUGGAUGGAGCAGGGUUGUAUUUGUUCUCUUAUGAGGGUCGAUUGAUAUCUUCCCCAAAGUUCCCUGGUAUGAGAGCUGAUAUCCUAAAUGCCCAGGGUAUCUCCCUUAGUAAUGACACCAUAGCCAUCCGUGACAAGAGUGAUGAAAAAGUUAUCCUUCUCUUCGAUGCCCUGACUGGAAAAGCCCUUGGUGAUGGAAAGAACUUGACACACAAGCUGGAGGUGUUGGACAUAGCGUUGGAUCAGUGUGGCCCAUCCACUGACAGGAAAAUUGCCCUGAUAGACAAGAAUCGUGACCUUUACUUGACCACUGUGCGCCAUCUUGGACGAGAACCCAAAAUCUGCAAAAUUGGUAGCAUGCUCCAUAGUAUGGCCUGGAAUGAUGCUGCUAACAUCUUAUGUGGAAUCCAAGACAACCAGCUCACAGUGUGGUACUACCCAAGUGUUGUUUUCACUGACAAGGAACUACUAGCAAAGACACUGUGCAUAAAAGAUGGCAGUGAGUUCAGACGUGCACCCCAAAUUCUAAACUAUGUUGGGACCAAGGUGACAUUACGCCAAGGAGACGGUUCAUUGGUGUACAGCAGUGUACUUCCCUACCCUGCCCUCCUGCAUGAAUAUAGCACGUCUGCACGCUGGGAGGAUGCACUGCGUCUCUGCCGCUUUGCAAAAGACCAGUCGUUGUGGGCUUGUCUCGCAGGCAUGGCAAUGGCAAGCAGGGAGUUGACUACUGCAGAGAUGGCUUAUGCUGCCAUUGUAGAGUUACCUAGGGUGCAGUACAUCAACUUUAUAAGAGAGCAGCCAUCUAAGGAGUCAUCUUUGGCCCACAUGCUGCUGUUCAGUGGUCAGGUCCAGGAAGCUGAGGCUACUCUGUUACAAGCUGGUCUCAUCUACCAGGCCAUACAAGUCAACAUCGACCUUUUCAACUGGGAGAGGGCACUGGAGCUGGCAGUCAAACACAAGACCCAUGUGGACACUGUGCUGGCCUAUAGGGAGAAGUUCCUACAGAAAUUUGGCAGGAAGGAGACCAAUAAGAGAUUCCUGCAGUACUCUGAAGGGGUUGAAGUGGACUGGGAAAAAAUCCAAGAAAAGAUAGAGAUGGAGUUGUCCAAAGAGAGAGAGAGAGCUGCUAACGUGUCCGUGAGGAGCAGUGUGGUGUCACGGCGUUAAUUUUUAGAGGGCUGCUUGCCAAGGAGCUCCACCCCCUGGUUGGCAGAGGGCCAGUACAUCAGCAGACCGUUAUAGCCUAUUCAUCUCCUCUAGUGGUCCGGGAGGAUGAACAUCUUUCUCAGGGCUCUUCAGAAACAGCUCCUAGACUAUGUCAUGAGGAUGCAGAUGGAUACGGUAGAAAGUGAACAGCAUUAAUUCAUGAAACAGUGAGUGGCAACAGAUGCCGAAACAUCAAAGAAAACAGUAGGUGUAGGAAAAUCUCUCCAUGGGGUUCAAUCUCUUUCUUGCUGUUGCUUUUUUUUUUCUUCUCAGCACCCUGCAGUUUUAGUCACUUCUCUUCUUAAGCUGUCUUUGUCUUAUUUCUCUCUUUCCAUCUGCUAGCUCUCUCAGCUUAUUCUGUAUCUUCCAGAAAAUCAAUCAUUGAUAGGAUUAAAGUGGGUUUUUCACUGCAAGCACUGCAACCCUGAACUUUUUCAGACAUUACCACUGUAUGUAUGAAUGCAAAUGUCUGAUUUAGUCAGAGUGGGCGUCUUUACCCUGCCAGCUCCCUACUGCAAAUUCUGCAUGAUGUGAGAAUUUUUUUUAUUAUUAUUAUUAAUACAGUUUUCCUGUGAAUUAACACAAAGCAAGUGGGCAUCAUGUGCCCUGCAUCAAGCAGGCUUUACCCAGGCAGCUAAUUCACCUAAACCAAACUGAAGCACACUCUUUUUGCUUGCUACAUGUGAGAAAACAGCUGAAUGUAUGGCUUUCG